CUCUUUACAGAUGGGAUCACAAAUAAACUCAUUGCCUGCUACGUGGGGGACACCAUGGAAGAUGUAGUUCUGGUGAGAAUCUACGGCAACAAGACUGAACUGUUGGUCGACCGAGAUGAAGAAGUGAAGAGUUUCCGUGUGUUGCAGGCUCAUGGCUGUGCACCUCAGCUCUAUUGUACCUUUAAUAACGGACUGUGCUAUGAGUUUAUACAAGGUGAAGCUUUGGACCCACAGCAUGUCUGCAACCCAGCCAUUUUCAGGCUAAUAGCUCGUCAGCUUGCUAAAAUCCAUGCUAUCCAUGCACACAAUGGCUGGAUCCCCAAAUCUAACCUAUGGCUAAAGAUGGGGAAAUACUUCUCUCUCAUUCCCACAGGAUUUGCUGAUGAAGACAUUAAUAAAAGGUUCCUAAGUGAUGUCCCAAGCCCUCAACUUCUUCAGGAGGAGAUGACUUGGAUGAAGGAGAUCCUGUCCAGCCUGGGCUCACCUGUGGUGCUUUGCCAUAAUGACCUGUUGUGUAAGAAUAUAAUCUACAACGAGAAACAAGGUGAAGUACAGUUCAUUGAUUAUGAGUAUUCUGGAUACAACUACCUGGCAUAUGAUAUUGGAAAUCAUUUCAAUGAAUUUGCAGGUGUCAGUGAUGUAGACUAUAGUCUCUAUCCAGAUAGAGAACUCCAGGGCCAGUGGCUGCGCUCUUACCUUGAAGCCUACAAGGAGUAUAAGGGCUUUGGCAGUGAAGUCACUGAAAAGGAAGUAGAGACACUCUUCAUUCAAGUCAAUCAGUUUGCAUUGGCUUCUCAUUUCUUCUGGGGACUCUGGGCUUUGAUCCAAGCCAAGUACUCCACAAUUGAGUUUGACUUCCUUGGGUAUGCCAUUGUUCGCUUUAACCAGUACUUUAAAAUGAAGCCUGAGGUCACAGCACUAAAGAUGCCUGAGUAAGAAGAGGCCUCACUGUUCUCCAGGAGCUGAGCAGUGCUUGUGGGUGUUUCCUAAGGAAUUCCAAAAGCCAACAUUUGUUAACACUCAUUUAAUUUGGUUAUCUUGCUUUACAAAUUAUGCCUCUAAACAACCAAUCUAUUUUUAAAUAGAAUGAUGUUAAAAAUAUGCUUACUGUUGUCAGUAUGUGGCAGGCUAGAGAUUUGUCCAUCAGUGGAAAGAGUAGAGUCAGCUUUAGCCUUUGGCAAUACAGUCCAUGUUACAUGUGAAUUAUUUAUUACAGACUUGACAUGACUGACUACUUUCAUCUUUAUUUGUUGGUUCAGUGUAUGGAAUGAGAAUGUUGUAGAGAUCUUUUAAAAGUUUUGUUAAUGGGGUUAAUUUUAGGAAAAACAUUCUUAUUCAGUGUAACCUUUGUAAAAUGAAUCCUUUACUCUUGACAUGGCAGUCACUGCCUCGGUAGUAACUUAGGGUGUUAUAGAGUUUCUAGAGAAGUGCCCAUUGAGGAAGGGAGCAAGACAGCCACUGUCUCUAGGGCAUACUUUUUUUGAAUUGGAAAUUGGAAAUAAUUUCUUUGAGGAAUACAACUUAGAAUGAAAUUGUCUCUUUACAUAGCCUGACAAUAUAAAAUGUAUUUACUGUAUAAUCCCGGAAUAUAAGUAUAACAAUUUAAUGUUAAAAUCUGUAUUAAGUCAUGUUUUAAAAUGUAGAUAUGGUCAUUUAAGGUAAUAGUCUCAGUUUUUAGAAUUUACCUAUCAAAUUGUUUCUAACCAAAAUUUUUUUUUAACUUGAGAAACUCUGUUUUUGUUCAUUAGAUAAUAGCUGAUAUUGUUGUAUUUGAAACAAACACACAGAGCUCAUCAUACGUGGAAUCCAGGAACAGCAUUUAGAUUCUUUCUAUGCAGAUUCACGAUUCACUCCUUAGGUUUUGUGUCUGUAGAGUCAGCCAGUGAUUGCUGAUCCCUGUAAUUUCAGAAUAAUAUUGUUAAAGCAGUUAGAAGAAUCAGUAAGGAAUAUUUAGGUAGGUCAUUGAGCUUGAAUACUUAAAAUCUUAACAAAUAAGAAAAUGUGAAUUAAACAGUAGUCGUGGUAGGAGGACUUGUUUUAUCUUGUUUUUGUUAGUCUGGUUUUUAUUUUUGUAUAGGUGUAAGAGGGAGGCAACUAUUCUAUGGAAGGAAGUUAGGUCUUUGAGGUAGACAAAGAAGGCUUUAAUCUUUGAAGACUGUGGGCUUGAGCGAGCAGUCACAGCUAACUUAGAUUAGUCAGACAGGCUUUGCACUUUGGUCACAUAAGUGCUUUUGUACAGAGUUAGCUCCAUGGAUCUGCAUAUUUAAAGUAUGCAAUACAGAUCUAUCCUAAGACAUCAUCUGAUAUAUUGUUCCACAUUACUUAAGUUCUCAGACAAGUGCUUUAAAAUACUUGGAUUGUUUCAGUGUGUUCAAGCUAAUAAAGUAAGUAGAAACACUUACAGACCAUGGCCAUCUGAGAUGGUAAAUUCUAGCCACAUAAAUAGACUCCUAAGUAUGUGUCUCUAACAGUGUUAGACCUGGAUUUGGUUUCUACCUCCCCAAUGUUGUAACGUUCACUUUUGUUUUUAUGAACCACGUUACUGUAAGAUCAUUACAAUUCUGCUGACUUCCUUGAAUGGAAACAAAUAAUGACUAGCUCUUUUCAAUGUUAAAGCAAACCUACAAGAACUGGCUUAGUGGAAUUUUCAUUCGUGGUUGGAACAUUGUCAUAGAAUGAUAAAGAUGUGAGCCUCCCGAGUCUUUGCUUUCCUCCUCUUAAAAUCCAAGUAUGUGUCAUGUGGAAACACUGGAGAAGACAGUGUUUGCUAGUCUCCUCCUGAUCUUACUUGAGAGUGCUUUGAAUGGAGGCUCACCGUGCUGCUGCUGCUGCUGCUGUUGCUGCUGGACUGCAUAGCGGCCGACUGAGACACAGCUGCUGCAGAGACCCCUGCUGCAGAGACCCCUGUGGCAGUGAACGCAACAAUGGAGACUCCCUUGUUCACCCUGCUAGCAUGGAAGAGGUCUUGGAAAAAGAUUAGCACAUGCAAACUGUUGUCCCCAUUCCCUGGCCAGAUUUGGGUGCUCUGAUGCGCCUGCUUCCCAUACAGCUUUUGGGGAUCAUGGUGUAGAUUAUCAACAGGAUUCAAAAUGUCUUUCCUUUGUAUUGACCAUGUAAGGGAUUCUAAAGAGGGUACAUUGGGACAGCUCUGAAGGGCAUCCCUCUAAAAUGUGUCCUGUGGCUUUCUAGAAUAUCAGUUGCCUUCUUUUGUUAAGCUAAGGAACUUGAAUGCCUUACCUCAUCACUCAGCUGGUGGUAAGCUCAUUGUGUAAAUAGGGAAGUGGAUGUUAGAAGUGGCAUUCAUGGAUGUCCAAUGUUAAUCAAUAGACCGUAGUGGCCUGGAUGCUGUGACAAGCAAAAUCCCACAUUCUGCUCUCUACCCCGAUCCUGUCUCCCCGGCACACCUGUGUGAUGUUGAACCUGACCAAUGAGAAUUGAUUUUCCUACCCUCUUCUAAUCUGUGCUACCACCCUUUUCCGGAAAUGAGAUGUGGUGGCCUCGUCUUACUGUUGACGUGAUCCGCCUGAGAUCAACAUGAGCACAAACCUCAUCAACUAGGUCUGCCUGGAGUGUAAAUAGGACAAUGUAAAUAAGCAGUGUAAUUAGUGUGACUUGUGUCCCGAAUACAAGAGCGUGCAGUUUGCAUUCUCCUUUGUACAAGUUUUUCUGUCACUGGAUCCAGCCUGUUGCUGUUUGGCUGGAAACAGUGCGCACCUCUAGCUGUGCAGUGAAAUGGCAAGAACUGGAAGUAAGGUUUACUGAGUUUUAGUUAAUGUUGGUUGGUAUUUAUUUAUUUAGCCUCUCAGUGCCUAAUAAGACUUUUCUCCAAUUUUUCCUUAGCUAUUAAUUUUUGGUGGAUUAGAUACUGGGGAGCAGUGAAUUUAUAAGGCUCAUUCUGAGUCACAAUUUGAAGGUAAAGGAAACUAAAAAUGUAAUUUCCUGUUUGUAAACUGAAGUGUGGUCCCUUUUUCUAUUUUCAGUUUGCUGACACUUUCAACAAAAACCUGAAAUGCAAUGUGAAUGUAAAUCCCAUCCAUACAAGACGUAGGGCAGAUGGCAUCUCUUAGUUUGUCAGGUGGUUUCUCUGGAGUGGGUCAGUAUGAGAAUGUGAGAAGGGUGUCUGUUAUGACAGUGACCCCUAUGUUUGUUUUAACUUGAUGACUUUAGACUUAAAGGAAGAAUUCUCCCGAGCACUCUAAAGGAAAGUUAGAAGCUACCUGUACCCUGAAGAUCUCAUCUCACUAGCUGAUAUAUAAAGGGCAGUAGUGUCAGGUUGAGUUUUUUCCUCUAACUUGCUUUUAAGCGUUCUAUACUGCAUUCCAGAGUACUGUAGACUUACAUAUUUUCCUGUUAAUCUGUCAUCCAGUUGACAAAGUCGACAAUGCUUUGUGCUGGGGUUUUCCUAGUGGCAGCAGCGCGUGCUACCUCACACGGAAGGUGAGCGUAGGUGGAGGUGAGCCUCUUGAGUGUGUCUCACUUCAGGGCCAGUUGCUGUGGGUUUUCUUCUCUGUCAGAUUUCAUGAUGGCCUUUACUGUGAAGCUGAGCUGCAUCUUCAGGCAUGUUUCUGUCCUGAGAAGCAAGACGAAGGAUGGCGAGCCGCCUUUCCCCAUAGUGACAGCAGUGUUUUAAAUCUUGGGUUUGACAAAUGUUACCAGCUGCUCCAGAGAAAACAUCUCUGUUUUGGGACCUUCAGCCCGUGUUUCUGUAAAAGAAAAUACUUGAGGUUUUUGUAUUACCUUGAAUUCUUGAAGGCAUUACAAACUGAGUUAGAUUUGUUUGCAUAGUUUUUAUGCUGAAAAAUUUAAUUUUGGCUCAAUUUGAUAUGGGAAGAAACCCCAAUGUAUUUGGAUUAGAAACAAAUACUGAUGCUUUACUCAUAAGCACUUUAAACUCCAGUGUUGGAGGCUUCUCUCCUGGACUGUGCCCUGUGGUACCACCAACACACCUUUGUCCACUGUGCAUUGUAUGGCGUAUGUACUUACAAAAAAAUAAAAAACCAAAAAAAAAAACCUUUAAAAGUUAUUUUAUCUUUCGGUUAUCUUACCCACUGUGGUGAUUUGGAUCCCAUUAAUACCUUAAUAAAACACUAGAUCCUUACAGAACUGAAAUAUCACAUUGUCUUUUGAUUAGUUUGUCAAAGUGGAGCAGGAAAACCUAUUGGAUUGGAAUCACAGGCUUCCUAGCCAGGAACUUUGAGAGCUAGGUUGAAACCCAGUGACACCUGUAGAGCCACAGAGGGAACUGAAUGCCUGCUCGCCAUGCCUGCACUGUGGCAUACUGCUGCUUUGUAGGUAGUGACAUCCUGAGUGUUCAUUGUCAAUAAUCUAAAGUCGUCUUCUGUAUUUACCUGUAACUAAAGAAAGUGUAAACUAAUGGAACCUAGAAGAACUUUUCUGUAUUUAGGAGCUUUGUACAGCAAGGUCAAACGUCCUGAUUGAAGGAAGCAGACACGGUAUUACACACACUAGGGAAAAGCUGACAUGAGUAACUGUAUUGCGUUAGCUGUCUGUUGAAUUGGGAAGCUGUGGCAUAGAUCUUAAGUUUGUGUUUCUCAAAUGUGAAUUGUAGUCUAAAGCUGCUUUGUAUAGACUGUAAGUGCUAUGGAUAGUCUCAGCACUGAACAUGCAUCGAUACCUCGCAGAUGAGUGCAGCCCUUGCCCCAGGUUUCCCUGUGCCUCAGCCAGUGUCUGAGUGCCGGGGAACCUGCUCAUCUGUUGCUAGUCGAGAUACUUCCUGCUUUUUCCUUUGUUGUUACAUAUUUUUAUGUUUGAAAUUUAAGUUUUACUACUGUUAAUUUAAGUAAAAUUUGUUUCGUGGAUAAAAUGGCAUUGCCAGCGAAAUCAACAGCCUCAUUCAUGUAGCUGCUGAAGUGACAUUUGUGUUCUGUGUUGAUGAACUUGCAAUGAAGCCCUGUUUCUGUUAGGAUGCAAGUGCGGCUUAGGCUUUAUUUCUGUUUAAUAAGGCUUUCUACCAUUGAUUAAAUGAAGGAAUGUAUCUUUUUGAAGAGAUUUAUAUUCUGUAAAUAAACAUUGGUUGUAACAAUAAAGUUAAGUUCUAACUAUAA